AUGCCCCGUAUACACGCGCCAGAGGAAUCUGAUGAGGAAGCCCGGCUUCUCCUUUUGCAGUUUAUGAGAGGCCCCUCCCACCAAAUACGAGGACCUCCAGCUGGAAGUCGCAGUGAUCAAAACCUUGCCCCAGAAGAUUGCUCCAGUAUUGGGGAGGAUAUUCAGAAAAGCGUUAAAAAGCGUGGCCGGCGGCCUAAGACGUCUAAGACGCGUGUUGAAGCUAGAUCAUCACCAGUGAUCACUGGCGAGCAACGCAUGACAUCCAGCACACCGCAAACACCGGAUCCCUUGUACUUUCCCCAGCAGGAUAGGCAAAAUACUGCAUCGUCACCUGGAGAUGGACAUAGAAUAUCUAGUAACCGACGCUCUAGGCGUGCAAGGACAGGCCCGAACAACUAUUACGAUAAGACCAACUACUUGGGGUUCGGCUCCGAUGAAGAAGUCAGCGAAAGCUCUGCCAGGCCGUCUCCUACCACAUCCCGACAGCCCCGGUUUCCUAACAUUGCACCUGAACCAAAAACUUCGUCAUGCUCUCAUGAUCGAAAUGAGCAGGCCCAUGUCAUCUAUUCUGCACCUCAUGUCCAGAUUCUCAAGUCGUCGUUCUCAACUCUAGAUGAUUUGAGUGUAUCGGAGCGUGCUUGCUACUCAUCAGUGCGUAGCCCAUCAGAGUACGCCUUGAAGUAUCUGAGCAAGCCGCCGCUGGCCGAUGAGAUUCUCCAUGUUGACUUUGACAGAACCGAAACGGCAGCUGUCUUGGACUUGUUCUCGUUCUACGGCUUUCAGAAAUACGAGAAGAUCGAAAUCGCGCUUUCGGAUCAGGUUAUCCAGGCUGCUCAUAUCUAUGAUAUCUCACAGAGGGGCUCUGAGAAGAUUUGGUGGGUAUGUGAGCUUGCGCAGAUCAUAUCCACUCAGGGAAUCGAGGGAAUAGAUGAUAGCCAUAAAUGGCUUCUAGAAGUGAUGGCACCUAACCAAAAAGACAAGCAAAAACGACAAGCCAGACGCCUGGUAAAGAAAAUUUUGGGGUUAGCCCAGGACACUUCUCAACAUAGUCCAUUGCUCUUUUCUGAAGAUCAGCUUUGGGGGUUGUCCAGGGUCCUACCCUCCGCUCUGGUGCUCAGACGGCGUGGACCUACUGAUAUAGACUCAUUUAUUGCUGAUGCAAGAAGAGGCUGCCUUCCAUCCAACCCUUGUGUUAUAAAAGCUACCGCAUCGGGGUCAGGAUGCGUAGAGAUGAGUGGGUCGUUGAACAAAAUCUUGCAGCGCCGUGAGCUGGGGCAUCGUGUAAACCGUCAGCUUCAUUCCACUAUCAACGAAGGUUUUAGGCUUGCAAAAACUUGGAGAGAUGCCUCGAAUGAUGUGAUUGUCCUGGCUUGGGCACCUGAUGGCACGAAAUUUGCCGCAGGCGCGACAGCACAAUGUGACGAGCAUAAUAUGCAAUAUAACCGAAAUAAUAAUCUAGUUGUUGGUGAUGUUGUCAACAAUAUUUUGAUGGAAAUGCCAGACCAUUAUGUCCUUCGGCCCCCAGGUAGGACCGCAGCAAGCCGGACUCUUCAUGAUCCCCGUCUCUGGAUGAGCGUUACUUCCGUCGAGUGGUGGGAAGAUGCACUCUUUACUGCUAGCUACGACAAUACAGUGAAGAUAUGGAAUGCUUCCGGUCGAGAUAUAUCGUGCCGCAAAACUCUUCAGCAUGACUCCAAGGUGGAGGUUAUGGCUCGCUCCCUUUAUGAACGGAAUUUGCUCGCAACCGGCACACGCUCAAUAGGGCUUUGGACAUUGGCAGAGUCAACUCACAAUCUCCUAGAGCUGCCUAGGGCGCGAUCCAAAAAGGACAGAGAGCUGGUACCUACUUCUUUAGCAUGGGGAACCAUUAAGGAGACCGGAAAUAUUCUGCUUGCCGGGAUGUGUGAAAAGGGUGACGGUACACUGCAGACAGGUCUGUUGGCAGGCUGGCGAAUAGGCGAGGCAUCAAUAACACCUAUGCAAUUUUCCCCAAACUCUCAGAACAUGUUUGACAUUAAAUGGCAUCCCACCUUGCCAAUGUUUGCAGCAGCAACAUCGAUAGGUCAUGGCCCUGCCAACAAGGCCUACAAGGAUACCAGAUCCCUAGUCCGAAUGUAUCAACCCUUGUCAUCGAAAGUCUGCACCAUGGAGUUUGAGUGUCCGGCGCUAGAUAUCAACGACGCCCAUAUUUGCCCCAUGAACCCAAGUUACGUGACAGCCAGCUGCACUGAUGGAGUUACCUAUGUUUGGGACCAUCGACGCCCAGACCGAAUUCUUCACAAGCUCCAACACGGAGAGCCCCUAAAUCAGAUAGAUGAAACAAUCAGCAGGGAGCAAGCCGAUGUUGGUGUCCGUUUGUCUCUAUGGGGUGAUCGAAUUGACGAGUUCUACACUGGGUCCUCCGACGGAGUUUUAAAGAGAUGGGAUAUUCUUAGAGCCCCGGAAGAUGUGCUCGUCCAAGAUACGGCCAGAUUUGACGAGGAGAUUAUGUGCGGUGCCUUUUCCAACGAUAAGUCCAAUCUGUUGGUCGGCGAUGCUGCUGGGGGCGUCCGUCUCUUAUCACCCGGCCCCUUUACAAGCAAUGGGGGUCUUUCUAUGGAGUUCAAGCCUUCGUCGUUACAGCCUCAAUUGCAGAUGCGUCCUGAUGGGCAUGUAUCUAACCCUGAGUCAGGUAUUAAGGCAGGUGCAGAUCUCCUGGAGUCCGGGAAGCUCACCAGGCACCCGAUAUUCGGAGUUGGACAAGGACCAUACUAUGAUGGCCCCUUUGCAGCCUGGGCUCGUCCAGAAAACAUCCCUGAGUGUGAGAUUGCACAAGCCCGCUUGAAGGAAGAGGUGCAGCUACGGCAACUUGAAGGUCCGCCCCCGGAAUGCAGGAUCGGGUUAGAUACAGCGUCCCAGCAGGAUGUUAACGCGCAGAUCAAGCUCGCACCUAUUCGGAACAAGCGGCGCUAUCAGAACAAAAGAACACGAGAUGGGCUUGCAGAGCCUCUUGCAUAUGGCAGGACAAAUGCCGUUAAUCUCGUUGGCGAUGUACCCGACGAAUUCAAGCGCAGGUUACAUCAUGUUGUAUCACCACCAGGUUCUAUGCCACCGAACACUGAGGUCAUUGAACUAGUCGGGGACACUGACACGGAAUGGAAGACCGGCUCGAAUGUUAUCCAUUUCGCUGGAUUCAAAACGGCCCUAGAAGAAGUAGAAGAGGAACUCGAGGAAGACUUCUGGUGGCCGCCCAGUGGCACCAUCGAUGCAAACAUCCGAGAAGUUGACGGUAUUUAG